AUGUUCUAUGGGACCAUGGUAUGGGACCCGUGGCUGAUCGUGUCGCAGAUCGUGUGCCUGCAGUGCCUCUACUACCUGUCGCUGGGCGUCGCCAUGGCGCUCCUCGUCGGCACCCGCGUCCCGCGACUCACCCUCCUCUACCUCUUCGACUUCGCCACGCUCACCCCGCGCACCCCCACGGGUUGGUGCGCCAUCGCAUCAUUCCUCCUCGCCGCCGUCGCAGGAGCUGGGUUCAUGCUUUAUGUGAUUGAGAGAGCCAAGAAGUGCCUGGACUUUGCAGCAACACUCUACAUAAUCCAUCUCUUCAUUUGCAUUGUUUAUGGUGGAUGGCCAGCUUCAGUUUCAUGGUGGGUUGUUAAUAUCACUGGUUUGGCAAUCAUGGCUCUCUUGGGUGAAUACCUAUGCAUUCGGCGGGAGUUGAAAGAAAUUCCAAUAUCACGGCUUCGUGCAAGUAAGUGA